AUGGGACGAGAAACAGUUAUUGCUCUUGUAGGAAAGCCAUCUGCUGGUAAAUCUACUACAUUAAAUUCGUUGACAGAUGCUAAUGCCAAGGUUGGAGCAUUUCCUUUUACUACUAUAGACCCAAAUAAGGCUACUGGGUAUCUAGAGAUUGAUUGUGCGUGUGCAAGGUUCGAUAAAAAGGAACUAUGUAAACCAAAUUAUGGAUAUUGUCGAGAUGGAAAAAGAGGAGUUCCCAUCAUGUUGUUGGAUGUGGCAGGGUUGGUUCCCAAUGCUCAUCUUGGAAAAGGAUUAGGAAAUAAAUUUUUGGGAGAUUUGACGGAGGCAGACUGUUUGAUUCAUAUCGUGGACGUUAGUGGAACCACUAAUGCAGAGGGGAAGGCUACGAGAGGGUACGAUCCGUUACAAGAUAUCGAGUGGUUGCAGGAUGAGAUCUUCAAGUGGAUUCUUGGGAAUCUUAUGGAAAGAUGGGGCUCAGUGGUCAGAAAGCACACAGCCACUAAAUCUACGACUUUGGAGACUUUGAGACAGCAACUAGGAGGAUAUUCGGCUAAUAAGCAGUUAAUUGGAAAAGCUCUUGACCUUUUGCCUGGGUUAGCACCAUUGCAAGACUGGGAUAAUGAAACGAUCGAGAAGGUGGUCAAGGCGUUUAUGCAAGUCAAGUUUCCCACCGUCUUGUCUCUUAACAAGAUGGACCAUCCAGAUGCAGAUAAGAAUGUAUCCAAGAUCAUUUUAAAGUACCCAGAAUUAAAAUGCGUCUUAACAUCUUCAAUCACUGAAGUGUUUUUGCGUAAAUUAGCCAGUCAAAAAUACAUCAAAUACGACCUGGGAACUGAAUUCGUUGAUACCAUCGAUGAUUUGGGUCCCGAAUCAGAAUUGAAGCCCUUGGACGAUAAAUUGCGUAACAGAAUCGAAAAUAUCAGAGACUUGGUGCUCUACAGAUUCGGUUCAACUGGUGUUGUACAAUUAUUACAAGCAGCUGCAGACUUAUUGGAGUUGGUUCCUGUCUUCCCCGUUAGAAGUAUCCAUAAUUUCACUGGAAGUUCGGGUGAAAAUGUAUUCAGGGACUGUGUGCUUGUGAAAAGAGGCACCCCGGUGAUAUCGGUCGCCAGAAAAAUCAUGGGAGAUGUUACUAUCGCUUCAAUUGAAGGUGUUGGUGGUGUAAGAGUUGGUGAAGAAGAUACAGUAGACAAUGGUAAGAACGAUAUCUUGAGUUUCAAGAUUGUUCCAGGAAGUACCACUAAUAAUUAA